AUUCCAUCCACUCCAUUCCUUACCUAAAACUUUUAUAGGUCCAUCUGAUACCUCUCUCCGUUGAUCAUGCUGCACCUCGGUGGCCCACCCCGCUGCCCGGAGGAUCGUCGCGCCCUUUUAGAAUCCUAUAUUUUUAUCCCCCACCCCAGAACAAUCCGUUGACCUCGUCCGAAUUAUCCAUCUCCUCAUUCAGUCCGCUUGGAUCACCGCCAACAUGUCCAAGGCUCUGGUAGAUUCUGCCACUCUCAGUUUGUUUGCUCGGCACGCCAUUACCCAUCCCCUGGAUUUCGCCGCCAGCGUCGGUCCGACCUUGAAUGAAGCCACUUUUGGUCUGCUGGGGUCCUUGUUUGACCCCCAACGAGAUAUUGGAGACUUGUCCGGGAAGGUGAUCUUGGUCACUGGAGGAAAUUCCGGUCUGGGAAAAGAAACGGUCAUCCAGCUCGCCCACCAUCGUCCGUCUCGCAUCUACAUUGGCGCACGGAGUGCCACCAAGGCGCAAGAGGCCAUCGAAUCGAUCCAAAAAUCCAUUCCGUCCCCCGUCGACAUCAGACAUAUCCCACUCGAUCUCACGUCCUUUCAGUCGAUCCGCGCCGCCGCCCAGCAGUUUCAGGGGGAAUGUGACCGUCUCGACCGCCUCGUGCUCAACGCGGGGACCAUGGCCAACCCGCCCGGAGUGACCCAGGAAGGGUUCGAGAUCCAACUGGGCACCAACCACAUGGGUCACUUCCUCCUCACCAAGCUCCUACUCCCUACCCUCCAAAAGACCGCGCGAGAGGUCCCGGACGCGGACGUGCGCGUUGUGACCGUGAGCUCGCUCGCGCACAACACCGCCCCCGCCUACGAGGUCCUGACCUCGACGGACGCGCUACUACAGACCGGAUCGCUCUCCCGGUACGGUGCGUCCAAGGCUGCCAACGUCCUCUUUGCGGCGGAGCUGGCCCGACGCUAUCCCGAACUCCUCUCGGUCUCUAUCCACCCCGGCGCGGUGUCGAGCCCAUUGUACGAGCACACCAAGGCGUCGGGAGCCAUCGCGCGACUCUCGGUGACCGCUCUGUUCGCGGUUCUGCGAAGCGUACGCUCGGGAGCCCUCAACCAGCUCUUUGCCACCGGCGUCUCGAGGGAGCGCCUGGUCAACGGGGCCUACUAUGUUCCGGUGGGUCGGAAAGGCUCCAGCCAGUAUGCUGACGAUGCGGACAUGGGCAAACGCUUCUGGGAUUGGACGGAGGAGCAGAUUGCGCAAGUGUCGUGA